AUGAGUGAGCUACAGACUGUAUCAGAGAGAUACUUCCAAACUCAGUCGCCACCCAGCCACCUCGAGGAAAUCGUCAGUCGGGUCAGGAGCUUCGUCAACUUCCAUGCCAGCCACCAUCCUAAUCGAAGGAUAGUCUUGAUCACCAGUGGUGGAACGACUGUCCCACUAGAACAUAACGUUGUCAGGUUCUUGGAUAACUUCUCAGCUGGCACUCGAGGUUCAGCUUCGGCUGAGGCAUUCCUACGGACCAACCAAUAUGCCGUCAUCUUCCUCCAUCGGUCCCAUUCGCUCGAACCCUUCAGCCGACACUACCCGCACUCUACCAACCCAUUCCUAGACCUACUAGCCAUCCAAGAACCCUCGUCCGACUCGGCCUCUGAAAACCAAUCUCCUCCAAGCCAGCAACCGCUCUUCCCGAUCCUAUCACCACAUCUAGUCAAUCAUCAUCAGCAUCCUGCAGUCUCGACCGAGAACCCUGCUCAUCUCGACCAUCACACGAUCUCUAUCCCCGCUCAGCAUCGACCGGCAAUGCUCUCGAUCCUGCAGGCUCAUCAUCUCGUCCAUCAGCUCAACUUACUUCAUACGAUCUCCUUCGUGACCGUGAACGAAUACCUCUACAUACUCAGAGCAGUUGCCAAAGUCUUGGGUGAACCUUCGCUAGGUUUGGGGAGAAGGGCGAUGCUCUAUCUGGCCGCUGCUGUCUCGGAUUUCUUUAUCCCUCAACAAAAAUUGUCUGAACAUAAGAUCCAAAGCGGCAAAGGCUCGUUGGUGAUCGAGAUGGAUGCAGUGCCCAAAGUGCUGAAAGACGUCACCAACGAAUGGUCCAACCAAGCCUUUAUAGUCUCAUUUAAAUUAGAAACCGAUUCGAAUCUGUUGAUUCCGAAAGCGAAAGCGGCCCUGACGAGGUACGGCCAUCAUCUGGUGAUCGCUAACGAGCUUCAUACUCGCAAGACCUCGGUCUUGAUGAUCGAUCGAGAAGGCACCAUCGAGCCGAUCAAGAACGAGGACCCUCUCGGCCAUGAAAUCGAGGAACUGAUGGUCCUUCGUCUUGUUCAUCGUCAUCUGGAUUGGAUUCAAGCUUCUUCUUCUUCGUCUGCUCCUUCAUCUUGAUCCGUAGCCCUUCAGCACUCCAACCACACUACAUA